AUGUCCAAAGUCGUUGUUCUAGCUCUUCUGGCUUGCUCCCAGGCCAUACCCGUACCUGACGGUGCUCAUCAUUCCUCACACCAUCAACCCAAUCCCGACACCGAAGGAUAUCCUGUAUACGUUCCUCCUGCCAGUACCUACCAGGCUCCUCAACCUGUUUACCAGGCACCUACCCCCGCUCCUGUUCCUGCCCCGCAGCCGACCUACGAAGCGCCUCAGCAGGGAUAUGCUCCAGUCCAGCCCCUUGUGCCUGUUCAAAUCCACUACGAUUACUCCUUCAAUGCUGCUGGUGUCAAGAAGCCCGAUGCAGGUUCUGGAUACGCCCCUGCUCAGGGAUAUGCCCCCCCAACGAACACCUACCAGGCUCCGCAGGCUGGUUAUGCCCCUGCCCAGACUGGCUACGCGCCCCAGGGUUACGACGUCCCCGUUCAAGUUUCAUUCGAUCAAAUCGUCUUGAGCGGAGAGAAUGGCGGACAGGAAGGCUAUGCUCCGGCCCAGGAGGAAGGUGACGUCACUGGCUAUGCUCCUGCUCAGGGAUAUGGACAGGAAUCCAAUGCUGAUUCCCCGGCCAAAUACCACUUCCUGUACACAGUAAACGAUCAGACUGGUGGGGAUGUUAAAGGACAUGAGGAAACUCGUGAUGGUGUCUUUGCCCAGGGAAAGUACUACGUCCUCCAACCUGAUGGCAAACUCAGGACGGUGAAUUACCACACGGACGAUUGGGGCUUCAAGGCAGACGUUUCUUAUACUUGAAUAAGUUGACAGGAUUCAGAUGACAUAGGUGGAAUUAGUGUUCUUUUAACGGCUGACGUCCUCGACUUCUCAAACCUCUCUUGUCAACGUCUCAUUUUUAUGCAUGAUUUUGUCACUGGCCUCGUACGUUCCGUGUCGCAUGUCUCAAGUUUUCAGCUUUGUUUUUGUUUCCUGUUGAAAAUAAAAAUGAAAAAGGAGCAAA